CGAAACGGCUCUUUUUGAUUGAUAUCAGGAUGAACGUGAAAAAAUAUAUUCAUCCGAGGAACAAAUAUAAGAAACCACCGGAUUACAAGCAACUCGCAGUCUUGUAUCCGGAGUUUCGCGAAAUUGCAAUCAUGGACAUUGCAGGAAAAGUUAGAAUUGAUUUUCAAAACAGAAAGAGUCUGCGUGUACUUACAGAGACACUUUUGAAGCAUGACUUUGAUUUACAUGUAAGCAUUCCACCAGACAAUCUGAAUCCAGCAAUCACUCUGCGCAUGAAUUAUAUUCUAUGGAUAGAAGAUUUGAUGAAGCAUUCCAAACUGGAAAUGAAUAAAAUUACAGGUGUUGACAUUGGGACAGGAGCAAUUUGUAUAUAUGCUCUAUUGCUGGCAAAAAUCUAUGGAUGUCAUGUAAUUGGCACAGAAGUAGAUAAGAAAAGUGUGGAGUAUGCAGAGAAAUGUAUAGCAAGAAACAACCUGCAAAAUUUGAUUAAAGUAGUUACAGUAAAUUCCGAUGGAAUUUUUAAGGAUGCAAUAAAAGAUGAUAAAAUUUAUGACUUCUCGAUGUGCAAUCCGCCAUUUUUCGAGAGCGAUGGCGAUGACGAAAGAAUCGCGAAAGUUUUGCCACCAAGAAAUGCGCCUAGUGGAAACGAUAGUGAGUUGAAAACCACAGGUGGUGAAGUAGCCUUUGUGACAAGGAUGAUCGAGGAAAGUGUCAAUUUGGGAAAUCGAAUAAAAAUCUAUACUACGAUGAUAGGUAGAAAAGCAGAUUUAUUCGAUCUUAAAAAACUAAUAAGAUCAAAAGAUAUAGAGAACAUAACAUGGACGGAGUUUUGCCAAGGUCAUACAACACGGUGGGGUUUGGCUUGGAGCUUUUUACCAAAAAACGUCUUGGACCUGAAUAGUGCACCUGUUAUCAGAAAAAGUGGAAAAUCCAUUAUACAGCCUUUAAAAAAAGAUUUUAAAACUUCAAUAAUAUUUCCUAAAAACGAUAAAUUUUCUUGUAUGGAAGAUUUGCUCAGUUUUUUAAGAACAAUGGCAGAAGAAUUAAAUAUUAAAUUACAAGAUCUAUCUAUUCCUGAAGACAGUUCUGACAAUUGGUUAGGUCGAAUAACUGCUAAAGAGAAAUCAUGGGAGCACGCACGCAGAAAACGACGUUUAGCACAACGACAAAUUGCGCUGAAAAGGACUAAAGAUAAAGGUGAAGAGCAUAAUGAAGCGAAUGUAAAGACUGGAGAAUAUUCAGACUCUAUCAUAAAAGAAUCUAAUGAUAUCAAGCAAGAUUUUAAAAAUUCUUCAGAUAAAAUAUCCACAAUUAGGGCUGAAAAGGAAGAAAGUUCUGAUAAAAAAUGCGUUCCAUUACUUACUUGUAAGCUCUUGAUAGAGAUUGAAAGUUCUGAACAUGAGAGUGCAGUUGUACAAGAUGUAUUCAGGAUAUGGAUGAUAUUUGAAAAUGGAAGUGGCGGUUUGGAUGCAUUACAAUCACUACGACAGUAUUUAAUAAAUAAAUUAGACAUAAGAGAGAUUCUCAUUAAUCAAUCAAAAUCUGUCAAAAAAAGAAAAGAAAAAAGAAGGAAAAGUUCUGACGAAGGUGUCGCUAUUCCAUUGGAACAAUUAUAAUGAUACAAAAAAGAUCUGCCUGGAUAAUAAUAAACAAAAAGACAUGCAGAAAGUAUUGGAAAAUUAAAUUAGAUGGACGCUGCGUUGUACAUAUAAAACGAUUUUAUUCAUGCAACAUGUUUAAGUCUGCUGUAACAGGAUGGUAUAUGUAAAUCAAAUUCGUAACUUUUU